CGGUGCUAGCCAUAUCCAUCGCCUCUCCAUAAUGUUUCAGGGUCCUGCUAGCCGGUAGGAAACCAAGGAAACUGCAUCCGAAUUGAUCAGUAGCAUCAGUAACCCUACACGUGCUUCCGGCCUUUGACUAAGACGAACCAACCACAGCACUCCCCGGGCGCCAUGGCUCGAGAGCUCAAGGUCCUCGGCGCGCUCGACGCCGCCAAGACACAGUGGUACCACUUCACGGCGAUCGUGAUCGCCGGCAUGGGCUUCUUCACCGACGCCUACGACCUCUUCUCCAUCUCCCUCGUCACCAAGCUCCUGGGCCGCAUCUACUACUUCGACCCGAGCUCCGCCACGCCGGGUUCCCUCCCACCCAACGUCUCUGCCGCCGUCAACGGCGUAGCCUUCUGUGGCACCCUCACUGGCCAGCUCUUCUUCGGCUGGCUCGGCGACAAGAUGGGACGGAAGAAGGUCUACGGCAUGACGCUCAUGAUCAUGGUGCUCUGCUGCGUCGCCUCUGGCCUGUCUUUCGGGUCGAGUGCAAACGGGGUCAUGGCCACGCUCUGCUUCUUUCGCUUCUGGCUCGGCUUCGGCAUCGGCGGCGACUACCCGCUCUCGGCGACCAUCAUGUCCGAGUACGCCAACAAGCGCACCCGCGGCGCGUUCAUCGCCGCCGUUUUCGCCAUGCAAGGGUUCGGCAACCUUACGGGCGGCAUCGUCGCCAUUAUUGUUUCUUCGGCAUUCAAGGAGCAGUUUGACGCGCCGGCGUACAGGGACGAUCGUGCGGGCUCAACGGUUCCACAGGCCGACUAUGCGUGGCGCAUCGUCCUCAUGUUCGGCGCCGUCCCGGCGCUGCUGACCUACUACUGGCGCAUGAAGAUGCCGGAGACGGCGCGCUACACGGCACUCGUCGCUAAGAACACCAAGCAGGCCACGUCGGACAUGGCGCGGGUGCUCAACAUGGAGCUCGCCGCGGAAGAGCCAGAGAUGAAGGCGGAGCACGGCCGGCGCGAGCAGUUCGGGCUCUUCUCCAAGGAGUUUGCGAGGCGGCAUGGCCAUCACCUGCUGGGCACGACGGUGUGCUGGUUCGUGCUGGACAUCGCCUUCUACUCGCAGAACCUGUUCCAGAAGGACAUCUACACGGCCGUGGAGUGGCUGCCCAGGGCGGACACCAUGAACGCGCUGCAGGAGAUGUUCAAGAUCUCGCGCGCGCAGACGCUGGUGGCGCUGUGCGGCACCAUCCCUGGGUACUGGUUCACCGUGUUCCUCAUCGACGUGGUGGGCCGCUUCGCCAUCCAGCUGGGCGGCUUCUUCUUCAUGACGGCGUUCAUGCUCGGCCUCGCCGUGCCGUACCACCACUGGACGACGCCAGGGAACCACGUCGGCUUCGUGGUCAUGUUCUCCUUCACCUUCUUCUUCGCCAACUUCGGGCCCAACUCCACCACCUUCAUCGUGCCGGCCGAGAUCUUCCCGGCGCGGCUGCGGUCGACGUGCCACGGGAUCUCCGCGGCGGCCGGGAAGGCGGGCGCCAUCGUCGGGUCCUUUGGGUUUCUGUACGCUGCGCAGAGCACGGAUCCUGCCAGGACGGACGCCGGGUACCCGCCGGGAAUCGGCGUCCGUAACUCCCUGUUCGUGCUCGCCGGGUGCAACGUGGUCGGGUUCCUUUUCACAUUCCUCGUGCCGGAGUCCAAGGGGAAAUCGCUGGAGGAGCUCUCUGGGGAGCACGAUGAGGAGGAUGAGCCAGGGACGUCGUCCACAACAACCAAUCCCCAAAUGACAUAGCCGCCACCUUCUGCUGAAUUCGAGUAAUGAGCGUGUUGAAUUGAUGCAAUCCUUCUAAUCGUGUGUACCCAUAUAUAGCCUAUUAGACUGACUAUAAAUAUGCACACGAAACCAAAACAAAGUUAUGGCUUCCACCACACGAAAAUGUUGGGGCAGGAGCGGCACAACCACCCCUACUAUGCAUGUGUGAAAGUUAGAUAAACUACUAGGAUAGCUUUAGCCAAUAGACACAGCCGAAAAAAUAAACACAAGCACAUGCACAAGUGACUCAAGGAUUUACGUUGAGGAGGAAUAAACUACGGGUGUAAACCUUAGUCCACGCAAGCUUCACUAUGAGAAAUCAAGGUACAGAGUCUUCUCUAAAACAUCUAGAGAUUAUAACACACUUCACCUUGUUGCCCACCGGCAACAAUAACAACAACCACAAGAGGCAAGAUACAACAAAGCACAGAUAUCACAUCACCAAAUUUGGCAGAGAAGCAGCUAUAUGAGUUCCCAACAUACUGACCAAAAAUCAGCUCAAUCGCUUGCCUGCCCAAACUAUUCGUCUCCCAAAACUAUUAUGUGCUAAAACUGCAGCGGUCUGUACUGACUUCACAGCUCUCAAAUCUGAUUCUUCUCUAACCCAAAUUUCAAACGAGCUAUCCAGAUCGAAGUACUCAGGAAUAAGCUCAUCGAGUUUGGAGCCGAUCCAAGAACCUUUGAACCUCUAAACACGAGCUUGAAGACAGACCGAUCAGAUAUUAGAAAUUUGGACAUAGAUUACAUCUCCUUCAUCCUCUCUUCUCACUUGGUUGUGGUGUUCUAGUGCGUUCUCUCACCCUCUCACAGCAGUAGCCAUGUUC